GCUGUGGUGAAAAAUACUGCACCCAAACCUUCAUUUGAUGCAUCUGUAUGAAGGACAAAUGGCAGGUAAAAAUCAGGAUAAGCCAAGAUAGGUGGACUACGCAACACAUCAACAAGACCACUGGAGAUGAAUAUGGAGAUGUUGAUUUCCUGAUCCAUCCAUGAUCGAGUAAGUUCUGAACAUACUCCUUGACCUCCUUAUACAGAGGUUUUGGGAUUGCAUUGUGGGAGGCCUGGACUGGUGUGUCAUCCUUCAAAUGAAUUUUUAGCUGCAAGUCGGGAAUGCAGUCAUCUGAAUCUGUCUGAGCAAAGACAUCUGAUUCUUCAUACAACAUCUCCUGAACUAUACUGUAUGUUGCUCACUUUCUUCAAGAUAGGACAAAUUAACAUGUGGAUGCCAUCUCUGUUGAGUUUGUUUUUCUGUGGCAGGCUUGUGGUCUAUCGCAGUCUGUUCGUGGCAGUUUAACCGAUGGAUGUUGCACUGGGCUGGGGCUAUCUGGAAAGCGUUUAACCGGAUGAAUUUGAGUAACCUCCUCCAGUCUGCCUAAAACCGUUCUCUUACUUAGGUAAAAAUCAUGUUAAGUGGGGUUGUGGAUGGGUAUUUUGACCAUUUUGGUUGACCCUCUGGGCACAGCUCUAGCCCAUCUGGUCAGUUACUCACUGGGUUUGGCUGAAACAACACAGAGCUACCUGUUGGCCAUGCUCUGACUCUAGAUCUGGCCUGUGAAUAUCAUUAAACCUUUCUUGCCUGUUCUCACUUUGCACUUAGGAGCAAUUUCAUCAGUGGUCAGGCUCUGAAGGGCCGAGACUACAGCCGCAACUGUAUCAUCACUGACACUUAAGGCUUCCUUAAGUAAAACAGAGAUAUCAGCCUUGCUUCCGUUCUCAUUGUUCGUUCUGAUAAUCUCUGCUAUGACAUUACUUACUUUUACUUACUUACAGCUGAGAACAUCCUGACUGACAAGUACUAGUACUUGUAUUGUGACAUGCCCCUUAGUCGCACUGCCAAUUUGCAUUUCAACGUCUGCCCAUCCCUCAAAAGGAACAUCAGUGCCAUUAGCUGCCGCAACUUGUAAGGGCUGGUUGAGGAAGAGGGAUUCAAGUGGCUGAAUAUGGACAUUGGGGAGUGUAUUUUCCAUCCAAUUUUCUCUCACCAUGGUCACCUGGGCCCCUGAAUCCAGCAGCAUGGUAAGUGGGACACCAUUAAUAGAACAAGAGACCAUGCACUGUUCACCAAUGAGGCAUGCUAUGGAUUUACUCCGUGGUGGUCCAGUAUUGGAUCGUUUUGCGGGUGCAGCCAGUGUGGGGGACUCUUUGUUGAUGAAGGUCACUGGCUGUCCGUCUCCCGUGACCUCUCCCCGUUUCCCGACAUCUUCCUUUGCCAACAGCUGAUAGCUCCUGUCCGGCCUGACCACAAACAAAGCAAUGAGGGCAGCUCACUUGAUUUCGCUGUACACAGUCCCUGCACCUGCCUCUCGUUGUCUGUCUCUAUGAUAGUGGUAUUUCAGGCUGACUUGUGAGUGAACAGCGGGUCCCAUUGGUUAUACUAGGCCAUCUGUGCAAGGUGGUUAGUUAAUGAGGACACUUGUGCAGACAGUUCAGUAAUAACAGCAUAAUUGCCUUCUAACUGCAGGUUUAACUUGUCUUCCUUGGCUGAGUCAUUGUCUUGGUCAAGUUGAGCUGCGUUAACAGUCACUGGUCGAGUUUUGUUUGUGUAAAGAAGUCUAACUCUUUCUGCUUCCUCACUAGUGGAUUUAGUGAUUUGUUCUAAAAGGAAGUCAUCACUAACCUGAGGAUCAGUAAGAGGUGAUUUGAGGUCAUGCCUUACGUAGCUGUUCCUAUCACUCAGCCCUUGAUACAACGUGUGAAGAAAUGUACCCUGUACUUUUAACGUAGUUUCCUGUCAUAGUUGAAAUCUGCACCAGGCGGCUGUAACUCAAAAAGUAUACGCUGUUUUAACCCCAUGAGUCGAUACAGAAACUGUUGCGGGUUCUCCUUAUCAUGCUGCUUAGCACUACUUAACUCUUGAAAGAGCUCUGUACUGCUCUUGUCUCGGAUAUGAGAGCGAAGAAACCUUUUUAACUCUUCUACAGUUAGGUCAUCUUCGUUCAUCAGCAUCUCUCUAAACGUGCCAGGCUUCAUUACCUUAAGCGCUGUACGAAUUACUUCAGCCUCAGUAAAACCUUCUUGCAAACCUUCAUCUAUUUGUUUACUUAGGCUAUUGUAUGACGUAUCAGCACCAGAAUCUGAAAUCUGUCCACCAUGUAGUUUGAACUCUCUGCGUGGGAGCAGAGCUGCAACGUCAUUGAACCUUAUUACCUGCUCUCAAGCAUUGGAAUUAGGACUCAUCCUACCAGACGGAGCACCAGUUGUACAUGCUGUGUGUGUUUUGAAUGACCCUGGGAUGGCAGAAUUCCUCCCUGAAGCUCUGGUCUCUCCUCCGUCGUGCGACAGACAAGUGGAAAUGUCUCUGAUUUCUCCCGAAAAUUCAUCACGUGUGCUUCUAUGACGGGCUGGUAAAGGCAUUGCAGUGUCUCUGUCUGUUUGGGGCUUGAUGAUGUGAAGACCUUUGGUUGGUGUUGCUGGUCGUGGGUUUGGAUUAGGGUGGUCAGGGCAUGACGGAGGAGUUGAGCUAUAACUUCAUCUUCCAGGGAUCUCAGUUUCUCACUCCUAAUGUAGUCAAUAAUCAAGUCAUAGAGUUCUGGUUCACUCAAAUCAUCAAUUAAACUAGCCGUGCUGCCAUCAUCCACUGCUGUUGCAAUUGUAUGCAGCUCUUGCUGAGAUUUGACAACCUCUUCUGGAUACUGAAGGUCAGCAUUCGCCGGGGCUUGACAGUAGAAAUUCUGAUGUUACCCACUUGUCCUUUGCUCUCUGAAUGACGCAAUGAUAUGCAACCUUCCUGUCAGGCUCGGGCAGGCGUCGGACCCACAUGCACAGCACAAAGGCAGGUUGAGGAAGAAUACAGGCUUUAUUGCUAUAAGCAGAGUCAGACGGUCCAGGUCAUACACAAAAUCUCGGGCUUGAAGCACAGAAGGGGAGCAAGCAAUCUCAGGUCCAGUAGCCAGGCAGGGUUCGAUACACAAGAGAUCGCGGCGACAGUACAAACAAAGGCUAGGCAAAACUCACGGUCAAGCAGGGUUCAGUCAGGAUCAACACACGAGAGGUCAAACAAGAAAUGCUGGAAUGGAGUGCUAUGGCAAGGAAACUCGACAAUCUGGCAAGGGACUAUGGGAACUGGUGGUGGCUAAAUACACAGGUGCUGAUUAAUUAACUGUUAACAGGUGUGCUAAAUGAACCGGGAACUGAACUGAGAAACAGGAAGUAUUAGAAAAUAAAACAGGAAGUAACACGGAAACGUGACAGUACCCCCCCCCCCCAUGGCGCCUUCCACGGCGCCAACGGAAGCCCCCCCCUCAAACCAGGGCGGGCGGAGGGUGGUCUCAGGAGGAGGGACCGAAUCCCUCCCCGACAAGGCAGACAAGCAGGGUGGGUGGAGGGAGGACUGGAGGAGGGUCAAAACCAAAACCACAAUGAUCCACGACAGGGCGGAACCGGGAGUUCAUGAUGAGUCUGUAACACAAAGAACAAGGUCCAAACUGUCCCUUCAAGGGGGGAGGUGGUGAGAAGGGUCUCGGCCGCGCAGUCGCCAGGCCGAGACGGCACACUCCGUCUCCACGGACAAGGCUGGAGUCCCAAGAGGGCGGCGUCGAAACAAGACGCCUCCAGUGGUCCAACGCACGCGCCGGUGCCUUCCAUGCGGGCGGUGCUCCAGGAGGCCAAGGAGGCGCGGCGGUCGGCAACGGCAGAGGCAACGCCAUCGCCACCGCAGGAAACCGCGACCCCCGGGCAGGGAGUCGCCCCCGGAACUAGACAGUCGAGGUGGCCGACGACGCAGGAGGCAGCGCCAACCCCGCCACAGGAUGCGCCAACGGUGAGGCCACCCAUCAGGCAGACGAGAUCCAAGCCGGCGGGAUGCCGGCACCAAGGAAUAGGACAGACGUGGAGACGUGACAGCGCCGGACCACCAGGAACCGAUGCAGAUGCGGUCAGCGCCGGACCGCCAGGAACCGAUGCAGAUGCGGUCGGAGCCGGACCGCCAGGAACCGAUGCAGGUGCGGCCGGAGCCGAGCCGCCAGGAACCGAUGCAGGUGCGGCCAGAGCCGAGCCGCCAGGGACCGCAGCGGGAGCUGCGACAGGAACGACCCCCUCCUGGAGGUCGACAGGAACUGCAGCUGGAGCUGCGACAGGAAUGACCCCCACCUGGAGGUCGACAGGAAUUGCAGCUGGAGCUGCGACAGGAACGACCCCCUCCUGGAGGUCGACAGGAACUGCAGCUGGGGCUGCGACAGGAACCACCCCCUCCUGGAGGUCGACAGGAACUGCAGCUGGAGCUGCGACAGGAACGACCCCCUCCUGGAGGUCGACAGGAACUGCGGCGGAAGCUGCGACAGGAACAACCUCCUCCUGGAGGUCAGCAGGAACUGCGGCGGAAGCAGCGACAGGAACAACCUCCUCCUGGAGGUCAGCAGGAACUACGGCGGGAGCUGCGGCAGGAACAACCUCCUCCUGGAGGUCAGCAGGAAACUGCAGCGGAAGCUGCGACAGGAACAACCUUCUCCUGGUCAGCAGGAACUGCGGCAGGCGCGACCUUCUCCUGGAGGUCAGCAGGAGCUGCGGCAGGCGCGACCUCCUCCUGGAGGUCGGCAGGAGCUGCUGCAGGCGCGACCUCCUCCUGGAGGUUGGCAGAAACUGCGGCAGGCGCGACCUCCUCCUGGAGGUCGGCGGGAGCUGCGGCAGGAACUGCAGCCGGCGCCGCCUCCUCCUGGAGGUGGGCGGGAGCUGCGGCAGGAACUGCAGCCGGCGCCGCCUCCUCGUGGAGGUCGGCGGAGACUGCCCCUCCGAGGGUGACAGGGACACGAACGGCAUCCUCGCAGGAGCCGACAGGAACGGGGACUGGAACGACCUCUACCGGGCCGACAGGAACGGGAACUGGAACGGCCUCAACAUGGCCGACAGGAACUGAGACUGGGACGGCCUCAACAUGGCCGACAGGAACAGAGACUGGGACGGCCUCAACAUGGCCGACAGGAACAGGAACGGCCUCGACAUGGCCGACAGGAACAGGAACGGCCUCGACUUGGCCGACAGGAACUGAGACUGGGACGGCCUCAACAUGGCCGACAGAAACAGAGACUGGGACGGCCUCAACAUGGCCGACAGGAACAGGAACGGCCUCGACAUGGCCGACAGGAACAGGAACGGCCUCGACUUGGCCGACAGAAACUAGAACAGCGUCUUUACUGGAGCCGACAGGGACUAGAACGGCCUCCUUACUGGAGCCGACAGGGACUAGAACGGCCUCCUUACUGGAGCCGACAGGGACAGGAACGGCGUCCUUACUGGAGCCGACAGGGACUAGAACGGCGUCCUUACUGGAGCCGACAGGGACAGGAACGGCGUCCUUACUGGAGCCGACAGGGACAGGAAUGGCGUCCUUACUGGAGCCGACAAGGACAGGAACGACCCCUAACGGGCCGACAGGAACAGGAACGACCCCUAACGGGCCGACAGGAACUGGGACGGCGUCCUCUCCCCUCUGGAACCUGGACUAGACUCGACUGGACUGGAACCUGGACUACACUCGACUGGGCUGGAACCUGGACUCGACUCGACUGGGCUGAAACCUGGUCUCGACUCGACUGGGCUGGGACCUGGACUAGACUCGACUGGGCUGGGACCUGGACUAGACUCGACUGGGCUGGGACCUGGACUAGACUCGACUGGGCUGGAAACUGGACUCGACUCGACUGGGCUGGAAACUGGACUCGACUCGACUGGACUGGGACCUGGGCUGGGCUCGACUGGACUGGGACCUGGGCUGGGCUCGACUGGACUGGGGCUAGAGCCUGAACGGAGCUCGACUGGACUGGGGCUGGAACCUGAGCGUGGCAGGGCUGCACUGGAACCUGAGCGUGACAGGGCUGCACUGGAACCUGAGCGAGACAGGGCUGCACUGGAACCUGAGCGUGACAGGGCUGCACUGGAACCUGAGCGUGACAGGGCUGCACUGGAACCUGAGCAGAACGCGGCUGGACUGAGACCUGAGCAGAACGCGGCUGGGCUGAGACCUGAACAGAGCAUGGCUGGACUGGAGACUGAACAGAGCACGGCUGGACUGGAGACUGAACAGAGCACGGCUGGACUGGAGACUGAACAGAGCACGGCUGGGCUGGAGACGGAGCAGAGCACGAGGACGGGGGGCCGCAUGAGUGCAGGAAGUCCUCCCAGCGGAGCAAACGUGGAGCUGGGCAGGCUGGUGCAUUCACGACGGUCCGACUGGGCUGGAAGGAGGAAACCGAAACCUGGGACCUUCGGCGGUGCGACCGGGGCUGGCGUAAUCCGAGCGGACGGCGUGGGGGCUGGUGUGGUGCGGAGCGCGCUGUUUAACUCUCUGAGUCGCGCGCACAAUCGCUCGUAGAGGCGACAGACACUGGGGCGCUCUAGCACGCUGUCCUCGUCCUCCAAGGUCCACACCGCCACCUCCACAACGCUGCGCUGGGUUUCCGGGUUAAGUGCCCUUCGGUAAUCCUCCGCGAGGAUUUUAAAAUAAUUGCGUAGGUCGCUGGGUAGCUCGGCGCAGGUAAACUCCAUUCUCCCGCGGGUGAAUAAUACUCACAGUCAAAAAAAAACAAAACAAGAAGAAACAGUCACUGACCUGGACGGAGACUGAGUGCUGGCUGGGUCCAAGUCGGGCCAGAUUGUUCUGUCAGGCUCGGGCAGGCGUCGGACCCACAUGCACAGCACAAAGGCAGGUUGAGGAAGAAUACAGGCUUUAUUGCUAUAAGCAGAGUCAGACGGUCCAGGUCAUACACAAAAUCUCGGGCGUGAAGCACAGAAGGGGAGCAAGCAAUCUCAGGUCCAGUAGCCAGGCAGGGUUCGAUACACAAGAGAUCUCGGUGACGGUACAAACAAGGGCUAGGCAAAACUCACGGUCAAGCAGGGUUCAGUCAGGAUCAACACACGAGAUGUCAAACAAGAAAUGCUGGAAUGGAGUGCCUUGGCAAGGAAACUCGACAAUCUGGCAAGGGACUAUGGGAACUGGUAGGGGCUAAAUACACAGGUGCUGAUUAAUUAACUGUUAACAGGUGUGCUGAAUGAACCGGGAACUGAACUGAGAAACAGGAAGUAUUACAAAAUAAAACAGGAAGUAACACGGAAACGUGACACUUCCCUGGCGUCUCGGACGCUGGUUCACAUCAGCUUCUGCUGUCCUUUCCUUUCUAGGCAGUUGCACAAGCCAGUAUCCUGAACGAACCCCCAAUUGUUACUAGCACCAGACCUAGGGGAAUCUGGACCGGCCACAAAUUAUACACUGGCCGGAAAACACUGUGGAUCAAAGAAUAGGAGAUAGCUCUGAGUGUCUUUAAGCAGCAAGCGCUAAUUUAUUACUGACCAGCACUGGCGCUGGGCCCGUAGCUUUUUUUCCUCCUCGAAUCCACAGCAGGCAACAGCGCCUCCUACUGUCCACACAGCGCUCAGCAUAGCAUCCAUACCAACCAUUAAUUCACGUAUGUAAAAAAAGAAAUCAUGGGGGUGUCUUCUAUACCAUAUACCUUCGUGUAUCCACUUUUUUCAGCCUACUACAUAUGUUUGUCCAUCUAGCUCUACGUGGGUUUAAGCACAAUGAAGGAAUAAAGAGACAUCAGACCAUCAGUAAAGCUGAGAUUUUUGAUAUGUUGAAACAUGUUUAGCAAAACUGUUUAACUUUAUCGGAGCACAGAGACAUUUUUAAAGCGAAGGGUUUUGAGAGCAAACAUGACAAAAUCUGAACAUUAAAUCGCUAAAGUGCACUCUCGAAUUGAAAAACUACGCUCUUGAUUAAACAUAGAGAUCUCACCCCAUAGAGAACCACAUACAAUCUAUAAAGAGAACUAAAUAAAACAGCUAAAAAUGGAAUGCUGACCAAAACUUCAUAAAAAAUAUGAAUAAACAAAAUAUUAAUAUAAAUAAUUAUUUACAUCCCAAUAAAGUCUGGCUAUUAAUAAAUGUUGAAGACAAUCUGUUAACAAUUUUUUUUCAAGUAAGUUAUUUUAGCCUUUUUACAACCAUUGGCACUAACAUAGUUUCAACAUUUCAUCAACAUAACAAAAAUAAUUGACAUUAUUUUAACCACAUGUCAACGUUGAUUUAGCAGUACUUUAAGAUUACGAAUAAGAAUGCCUUUAUUAGUUCCACAGUGGGAAAACUGCACCUCACAACAGCAAAAGGACAGAAAACAGAAAACCGUUAGCAUUAAACAUUGUUUCAACAUUUCAUCAACACCACACAAAUACAGUCAUAGCACUUAAAAGUGUCAGCCUUUACGGCAAUCUGUUUGCAUUUUCAGCGCGGUAUCACCGGGUUUUUAGCGCGUUGGAGCUGUGUUACAUCUAUUCGGCCUAUAGGUGGCGAUCAACCCCCACACUGGCCUUUAUGAUGCUGUCCUAUACUUAUGUUAUAUAAGACCAUGUAUAAUUCCAGAUUAAUGCCUCCGUGGUGUAAUGGUUUGUUUAUUGUUUGACAGCCUUAAUGUGUCAAUUUUUUACCCCGGGUUCGAAUCCCGGUGGAAGCAGAAGUUGUAAUUACUGAACAUUUUUAUAUGAACAGAAAACGCUUGAAAGCUUUUCCGUUUUAUAUUCCGUUUAUUUCGUUAUUACUCCUUUCACCUGUACCACAUAAAGCCAUUGCAGAGCUACAGCCAUGUUCCUACAAAGUUAACCCGCUGUUUAUUUCGUUAUUCCCUCUUUCAUGUCCGUCUGUUGAAUGAAAGUGGGCGGGGCCAUCCACGUCCCAGAGCAGGGACACUGGGGGAAGGGGAAACACGCAUCAACACGCAGGACAAAGAUCUGCGUUUCUCUGCCUGCUACAACCUCGGCUGUGUUGGGUUGUUAGGCUCACUUUCACCUGUACCAUAUAAAAAGUGUUCCUACGAAGUUGAUCAGCUGCUUUCAGAAUCAGAAUCGUUUUCAAUCGUUUUCCCCAGUGUACUCGCGCGAAGCGAGUUCCAAAUCCACUGUGUUGCCUGUGUAAUAAAACAUUGUUUUUCUGAGGUUAUUGUGGUAAAUGUCAUUACGGUAAAGUAUAAUAAUGCAGCUUCCAACUGUUUAACUUGACCACCUUAAAAGUGGUCAAAGUGGUUUAUGCUGCAGAGCAGGAGUUAUUUUGUUUUCAUUCAGUGAAAAACGUUAACAUUUAUUGUGCAUAAUAAGCACAUGUAAAACAAACAAGCUGCUGCAUUAAUGCGUUGUUGAUCUGCUGAGUCCUGACGUUCCGACGCGCUAUAGAGAAAGAUUUAAUACAAUGUAUUUAUUUAUAUUAAAUAAAAUCCUCUUACAUAUUUUAUGUGAACGUCCAUAGGAACUGCGUUUAAAAGCAGUGAAGUGAAAGGUUUUAAAUAUCAGGAGUAUAAGAAAAAGACCAUUGGUUUUAGAAGCAAGUUGUUGUUUAAUUAGUAGGAGAUCAGAUCAGGGGACUCUGCCGGUGUGCGCACUCAGCUGAUUCAUUCCGCCUCCAGACAGGCUCUUGCAGCGACCGAUGUCGUGUUUCAAUAUACUUUCUAAUAUAUGGCCCCACUGUGCGUUUGAUUAUGGACUCCUCGUCAAACUGUCUAUCCAUAAUCCCCUUGAAAAUAAUCAUCGGUCCUGGUCCCCACCUAGAAAUCAUUCCCCAAACGUGGAGUUUGAGGGGAUGCUUAGGUCGCGGUCUAGAAACAAAGUGUUCAUUCUGGCAAAAUGCUCCAAUGCCACAGUCGAUUCGAUUCGGGGAAAAUCAAACCGUUAAAACGUACACGGACCCGACACUUAAACACGAGAACAUACUGUAUAAAGACAGCAGCGACAUCAGCAACUGACAACAAACACUAGCGCGUAUUGACAACUUGAUCCAAGUGAUCUGCCUAUGAAUAAGCGGCUCUUCAGCACCAUCGUUGGAACGUCACAUCACUGUCUGCUUCAGACGGUGACGCCACUUCCCUGAUUCUCUUGUUGCCUGCAUUUGACAAGCAUACAUUUCUGGUUAAGCUCUACCUGGACACAUCAUCUGUCAUUCGGGCUCUUACGUUAACUAUAGGUCAUUAUAGAAUUAGUUUUUCGUUCUCUGCUUUUUUUCUCAAAACGAAAAAUCAGCUUUAAAUCCAACUCCGUGCGUUGUGUCGAAAAAACAACAACACUUGAAUUCCGUUAAUUAAUAUUACGAGCUGAAACGAAAACCAAGUUUGUUUGGUAUUUUUUCCUCAUGAUCAACAAAUCAGAAGACGAGUACAGAUAUACAUAUAAAAUUCAUUUAUACCACAGAUUGAUGAAUAAACAUAGAUUCCUAUUUUAUGUUAUUAUACUUAUAUUAUUCUAUUGGAUUGGCUGGAGGAGGGACUUUGUCUCUCGGCUGGCCUGGAAACUGUAAAAACAUCAGCAGCUUCGGCAAUUGACAACAAACACUAGCGCACUAGCGAGCAAAGAUGCAAAAUAAUCUAUAAUAUUUAAAAAUGAACUACUCUACAUUUAAUGAUACAAUACCAUGACAUCGUUUUUUGUGCUUAAUGUGCAGACACAGAUAGAAAUGAACAGUCGGACCUCACAUCUUUGCGCCACCUGGUGGUUAACACGAGACUAGCACCCUGAUAUUUUCAGCUUGCUGCAGGAUUAAAAAUCCUUAGUCGGGGACGCACCCGUGGCGCGCUGGCGACGCGUAAAAAAGGUGGUCGCUUUGAAGCGCUACCACUGUAACUGUUAUUAUUUUAACCAUAUGUCAAUGUUGAUUUAUUGGUAGUUUUUUAAAUCAUUUUACAUCAAUGUCACAUCGACAAAUGUUAUUUCAAGCUAUUUGUACUGUACAUUGAAGGUCUGUUGUGUGCCUGCUGGGUAUUGAUCUAUUCAGAUUGAUACUUUCAAUGGAGUUUGUUUCACUUUGUAUGUUAUAUAUUACAUCUAUUCACCUUCUAAAGCAUAUAUUAUAAUAAUACAUUGUCUAACUGCUGCAAUAUUGGUUUGUAAACACAUACGUGUUUUUCUUUUUUGUCUGAUC